UAAGCUUCUGAAGAGAGAUUGAGAAAGAUAGCUAGAGUUGGAAGAAAGAUAGCUAGAGUUGGAAGACUAUAACAAGAUUAUGGAUUCUUGGGCUAAGUUUUAUGAAAAGGCUAUGCCAUUUUUGGCUGUGAUUUUUCUGCAGUUUGGGUAUGCAGGCAUGUCCAUAAUUUCAAAGUUUGCUCUAAAUAAAGGGAUGAGCCAACAUGUAUUAGUGGUCUAUAGGCAUCUUGUGGCCACCAUCGUCAUUGCCCCCUUUGCCAUUAUUUUUGAUAGGAAGGUGAGGCCAAAGAUGACCAUCUCCAUCUUUGCUAAGAUACUGUUGCUAGGCUUGUUGGAGCCAACUAUUGACCAGAACUUGUAUUAUACUGGUAUGAAGUACACCACAGCAACUUUUGCUUCUACCAUGUGCAACAUUCUUCCUGCUUUUGCAUUUCUUAUGGCUUGGGUCUUAAGGCUUGAGAAGGUAAACUUGAGGAAAUUGCAUAGCCAGGCAAAGAUAUUGGGGACUCUAGUAACAGUGGGAGGAGCAAUGUUAAUGACUUUAAUUAAUGGACCAAAGCUGAAUUUUCCAUGGACAAAAGGAUAUGAUCUUCAUGGAUCUACCAGUGCACUAACCACACAUGAGGAUACCAUUAAGGGAGCUAUUAUGAUUGGUGUAGGCUGCUUGUGCUGGUCUGGUUUCAUAAUCCUUCAGGCAAUAACACUAAAAACAUACCCAGCUGAGCUCUCCCUAACAGCUUUAAUUUGCUUGAUGGGCACAAUUGAAGGCUCUGUAUUUGCUGUUAUAAUGGAAAGGGGAAAUCCCUCUGCCUGGUCUAUACACUUUGAUUCUAGGUUAUUGGCUGCUGUUUACAGUGGAGUAAUUUGUUCAGGAGUUGCUUAUUAUAUACAAGGUGUAGUAAUGAAGAGCAAAGGUCCUGUUUUUGUGACUGCUUUCAGUCCUUUAAGCAUGGUUAUUGUUACAAUUUUGGGCUCCUUUGUGUUAUCAGAGAUUGUGUACUUAGGAAGGGUCAUUGGAGCACUAGCCAUUGUCAUUGGCCUAUAUCUAGUGUUGUGGGGUAAGCGCAAGGAUCAAUCUCCAUUGACUUCUAGCAAUGAUAAGGUAGCUGAUAUUACUUCUGAAAUGGAUACUCCAAACCAAGAAUACGUUGCCAUUGAAGUCACCAAAGUGAGACCCACUCAAGAAUCUGUUUGAAGGAAUUCUACUUCAGUUUCAAAAGUAAUGAAUAAUAAUUGCAUGGAAUUAAUUAUGAUUUUGUCUUCUUCUUUUUUUUUUUUUUA